UCGAGGUGUUACCUUGUACGGAGCAAACGGCAGCUAAUCGUGGCAGCUGCGGCGCUAUGUCAGACAAGACACAGCCGAUGGGAAGUGCUGCUGUGAAACCGUCCAACUCGUCUCGACCAUCAGACGACUUGCUGGCGGCUAAAGACGCACGCAUCGCUCAGCUAGAAGGUCAAGUCAAGACCCUGCAGGCAGAGGUUGAAAGGUGCGCGGUCGAAAAUCGUAAGCUCAAGCGCUUCCGGGACGUCCUAGAGUCGAAAGCGACGUGCAUUCCAAAGGCCGAGGUGAGACACAAGCGUUUCGCCGUCUCCGCCGAGCCAGGCGGCGCGAAUCUCGACAGCGUGCAGUUGAACCGGAUCGCCAAGCCUCCAACGUCAAAGAAUCUGAUCAAGCAAGCGUUCAACAAGAAUGAGUUUAUUGGCAAUUUGGAACCAAGCCAACUGAAUGACAUGGCUGACUGUAUGUCAAUGAAAGAAUUCGAGCAAGAUGAGUACAUCAUUAGGCAAGGAUCAGCUGGAAUUGAACUUUAUGUCAUUGAAGAGGGAUUAGUUGAAGUCAUCAAGGGGGAUGAGAAAAUCGAUACUAUGGGACCAGGGAUUGUGUUUGGCGAGUUGGCCAUUUUGUAUGACUGUGAGCGCACAGCCCAUGUGAAAGCUCUCACUCAUACCAAAGUGUGGGCUCUUUCGAGACGAACCUAUCAGGUUAUCAUGCAGAAAUCCAAUAUGGAUAGACAGCAGGAGUACAGUCGUUUCUUGAAAAGUUGCGAGCUCUUUCAGUCAUUUCCGGAUUCCAGAGUAACAAGAAUAGCUGAUGCUUUAGAAGAGGAUCACUACAACAAUGGAGACUAUAUAAUUAGACAGGGUGGAAACGGUGACACGUUCUACAUUAUCCAGAGAGGAGAAGUGUCUGUUACUCGGAAAGCUGAUGGAGACACAAAUGCACGAGAGGUUCGUGUUAUGAAGGGUGGAGAGUAUUUCGGAGAGAAAGCAUUGCUGGGUGAAGAGAAGCGAACUGCUAAUGUAAUAGCAAAAGGCAGCGUUUCUUGUCUGACGUUGGAUAGAAGUGAUUUCAAUAAGUACAUUGGAAAGUUGGAGACAUUGCAAAAGUACAAAGAUGAAGAGUUUAGCAAUCUCUCGUCGGAUUUCACUGUGGCAGACGAGUUCAAGGCACUGACUUUGGAUGAUCUUGAUGUGAUUGCAACACUAGGAGUUGGAGGAUUUGGACGAGUCGAUCUGGUUACUGUGAAAGGUAAGAUGAAGAAUGGUGAAAAAUGUGCUUACGCCUUGAAGCGUUUGAAGAAGCAGCAUGUAGUCGAGACUAGACAGCAGGAACACGUGUUCAACGAGAAGAAGAUCAUGAUGACUUCACAAAGCCAAUUUAUUACAAAAUUGUACCGGACAUUUCGAGACAGUAAAUACUUGUACAUGCUAAUGGAAGCGUGUCUUGGUGGAGAGCUGUGGACAUUGCUCAGAGAUAAAGGCAACUUUGAUGAUGCAACAACUCGUUUUUACACAGGCUGCGUAGUAGAAGCAUUUGAGUAUUUACAUGGACUGGGUAUCAUUUAUAGAGAUCUCAAGCCUGAAAACCUGCUACUAGAUAGACAAGGCUUUGCAAAAUUGGUUGACUUUGGCUUUGCUAAAAGAAUUGGGAAAAAGAAAACGUGGACGUUCUGCGGUACUCCUGAAUACGUAGCACCAGAAAUCAUUUUGAACAAGGGCCAUGAUUUUUCAGCAGACCUUUGGUCAUUAGGAAUUUUGAUGUUUGAGCUUCUGACUGGAAGCCCUCCAUUUCAAGGCUCUGACCCGUUGAAGACAUAUAACAUUAUCCUCAAGGGAAUGGACAUGAUAGAAUUUCCUAGGAGAUUUCCCAGAAAUGCAUUUGCUCUCAUCAAGCGUGUAUGCAGAGAGAGUCCAGUGGACAGGCUAGGCAACCAGAAAGACGGCAUGAAAGACAUCAAGAAACACAAAUGGUUUCAAGGCUUUGAUUGGGACGGUCUAGUGAAUCGAACGAUUCAACCUCCAAUAAUUCCAGAGGUAAAAGAUUCGACCGACACUAACAUGUUCGACCAUUAUCCCGAUGAAGAACCAAAUACAAUCCCACCUGACGAUCUAACCGGAUGGGACAAAGAAUUCUAGACUCUUUUCUCUCUGACCAAUGAAUUUGAGACAUUUAGUGUUGAUUUGUGCGUAAUUGUAUAUGACAGAUGUUCUGUUGGUAACUGCGUGUAUGCAGUCGUAUUGCUUUUGCUUGCGUAACUGUUGAGGCUCUCUUGUGUGUAGUGCCUGUUCAUACGUAGGAAAUCGUAUGUACUAUAUGUAGGUGAUCACCACAGUUGAAUGACUGAC